AACAAAUAAAUAAAAAAACAGUAACACAAAUAUUAUGCAAAAAUGUAAAACAUAAUAUAAAUCGCUAGCACAACUAAAAAAAACACUAUCAAACUCCCGGUACAGUGAGGGAAACUGGGACAAAGAGUAAAACCGUGGAGAUUCAAACUACUCCAUUCUUGCAAGAUUCAAACUUGCAAGAAUUGAAAUUUCAUGAGCCUCUUCUAGGCCAAAACAGUGGAGAAAACCGACUCAACAAACCACAAGUUAUGAACCAAGUAGAUAAUGCUAACCGAACCACAAAGAAAAGAAAAUCCUUCCAUAUAAACUCCAAGAGUGUCCCCGAACGAAUGCUCAAUUUGAUCCCCUGCAUCCUUCCGAGUCAUGAUCGGCGAAGUUUCUUCAAGAUUGGGUCUCAUCAAUGCUACAUAAUUUUUCAAGAACUAAAUUUUCAUGUCAGUCUUGAACUCACUUCUGUGAGAAAGAAAUCGUGGGAGUUGCAAGACACAAAUGUAUCCGGGUCGUGGCUAUGAAAAAGAAGAAAAAAGUUCGAGAAGCAGAAUUCUAUACAAAGAAAAAAUUUAAGACAUGGAGUCAUUAGGUUUCUUUUUUCUGUUGGAAUAGUAUUUUUUUCUUUGCCUAUUCUCGUGGAAGUAUGCAUAAUAGACAAGGGGGCAUGGCCGGUUCAAGGAAGAAAAAAAAACAAGGAAUGGAUCACGGACCGGAUCUGGAGGUUUCGGCCCAUUGCAAAUGUCAAAAUCCGGUUUUAGAAGACGAAACUGACGUUCACCUGCCAGCCUAAUUGACCCCGGAAUCGUAUCCGGCUUUCCAGCAACGGGCUACUGAAAUAUCCGGUUCUCUUAUUCACCAAACCGGUCCAGUCCAUAUUUUGACCCUUAAAUUAUAGAAGCAAAUGGUCGGGUCAACCCGAACUUCAAAAUUCCCGACUUACAAUCCCAACCGGUCAUCCUUCGACUUUCUCUCUCUGUAUAAAGUAAAAGGAAAAAAACCAAUCCGCAAUCCCUAACUCGGUUUCUCCCAUCUUUCUCUUAUCAAAAAAGCGGAAAAAGAAUUUACAAGUAAGUUUUCUAUUUUACGCCUUGAGAUUAUUCAUUUUAUCCUUAUAAAUAUACAUGGGAUUUUAAUAUUGUUUUAGACUCUGAUAUAGAUUGAAGUUAAAAGAGUGAUUAAAGAAUUUGUAAAUGUAAAAUGGAUUCUAAUUUGGAACCAGUGCCAGUUACUUCACAAAAACAUGACCCCGCAUGGAAGCAUUGUCAAAUGUAUAAGAAUGGGGCUAGGGUGCAGCUAAAGUGUAUAUAUUGUGGAAAAAUAUUUAAGGGUGGUGGAAUUCAUAGGAUUAAAGAACAUCUUGCGGGUCAGAAAGGUAAUGCAUCUACUUGUUUGAGAGUUCAGCCUGAUGUUCGCCUUUUGAUGCAAGAGAGCUUAAAUGGGGUUGUAAUGAAGAAGAGAAAAAAACAAAAGCUUGCUGAGGAAAUAUCAACUUAUAAUGUUGGCACUAGUGAGAUUGCUGCAUUGACUAAUAGUUGUGGCCUGAAUUCUGAAGUCGACUUGCUUCCAAUGCCAGUUGAAGCUCUUGAACAAACCUCUAAUUUGUUUUUGAAUCGAGACCACGGAUGUAAUAAAUUGGGUGGUAGGAAGAAAAAAGGUAGGAUCAGGAAAGCCUCUUCUUCAAAUAAUAACGCCAUGGUUCUUGCAAUGAACCAGGCUGCAAUGUCGAAAAGAGUGAAUAAUCAUGUCCACAUGGCAGUAGCCAGAUUCCUUUUAGAUGCCAGGGUGCCUCUUGAUGCUGUAAAUUCUGUUUAUUUCCAACCGAUGAUUGAUGCGAUCGCUUCACAAGGAGCAGAAGUUACAGGCCCUUCUUACCAUGACCUUAGAAGCUGGGUUCUAAAAGCUUCAGUUCAAGAAGUGAGGAACGACUUUGAUCAAUGUUCAAGCACCUGGGCAAGGAGUGGUUGCUCUGUUUUGGUUGAUGAGUGGAUUACAGGUAAGGGUAGAACACUAGUAAACUUUUUGGUCUACUGCCCCGAAGGAACAAUGUUUUUAAGGUCUGUGGAUGUAUCUAGCAUAAUAAAUUCUCCGGAUUCUCUUUAUGAGUUGCUUAAGGAGGUAGUGGAGGAAGUUGGUGUGAGAAAUGUGUUGCAAGUAGUAACUAGUAGCGAGGAGCGAUAUAUUAUUGCUGGGAAAAGGCUCACUGAUGCUUACCCUACACUCUUUUGGACUCCUUGU